AUGGCUUUCGGGUUCUCAUUAUUCGCAUUGUGUGUAGCAUUUAGCGCCUUCGUCACGGCGCAAGACCUGAGCAUCACUGACGCGCUCAAGGGCCACGCCGAAUUGUCCAACCUCACAUACUACCUUACAAAAUCCCAGGAUUUCGUGACAUGGCUCGGAUCUCGUGAGAAUAUCACCUUGCUAGCACCAAAUAACCAGGCAUUCAAGUUGUUGGCCGGGACAGCAGAUAUUGCGAAUGUCGAAGUUGAUCAGGAUGGGCUCGAGGCUCUCUUGAAGUAUCACCUCCUGAAUGGCACCUAUUCGACCUUCGGGUCCGGAGAGUACGAAAGUAUACCAUCCCUCCUCGAACAACCCGAUUUUACCAACGUUACUGGAGGUCAAGUGGUUGUUGCCAAAGCCUCAGCGACUUCCAACACGACAAGAUUCUAUUCUGGACUGAAAGAACGAUCGUUCACUGUUGGCUCUGCCAUCCAGUUCAAAUCUGGCAUCAUUCAUGUCAUAGAUAACGUCCUCACCUUGCCUCAAACAUUUACGGACACCGCUGAAGAUCGUUUAUUCCUCGUCGCCGAGCCCUUCGCCGAUGCACAGAUCGCUUUUCCUGAUUCAGCGGUGACAAAAACUUUGGAUGAGCUCUCAGACAUCACUGUUUUCUUGCCAAUGAACCACUCUGUCAGGGAGGUUGGCAAUUUGAUCGAAAAGAUGAACAGAAAAGACUUCGAUCGAAUGAUUGCCUACCACACUCUAGAUCAAAGAUUGGUGAUCGAGCCCGAGGCACCACCUGCGGGAACAUACAAGACACUUGAAGGGUCAGAUGUGACAAUAUUCCAAGCAAACGGCCAUGUAUUCGUGAACAGUGCUAGGAUCGUCAGCUCGCCUGACUGGCUCUUCACUGGAGGAGUCAUAUACAUCAUCGACGGAGUCCUCAAUCCAGACAACCGUACGGUCGAUCAGAAUGCUAUCCAAGAUUCCCAGAUCGCAUAUACUGGCGCUUCAUAUACCGAGGAAUUCGAGUUCCCGGCACCGUCACAAUCCAGAGGUUCUGCCAACAACAAUGGUUCAGGAACAGGCUCCGGCUCAGAUGACCAGACUAGCGAGUCGAAGAGUUCCGGUGGCCUUUCGAAGGGAGCCAAGAUUGGCAUUGCCGUUGCGGCCGCGGUCGUGGGUCUUGUACUCAUCGGAGCAUUAGUAGCGUUCUUAUUCAUGCGUCGCCGUCGCGUCAGUUCGAAGGGGCACCAGCAAUUGGGAGGACUCACCAGGCCGGAAUAUCCCAUGUCGGAAUUUACUCCUUCACAGAAGGACCUCACGAGUGAUGCGGCUGCGCCUGGUUCGAGUCGAUACUGA